AUGAUCACCAAGGACCAUCUCAUGGCCAUGAUGGCUCGUGACUCGCCAGCACCAGGUACCUACAUACCGCGCCUAGUCAAGUCCGAAGCCCGCGUGAGAUUCGGCACCUCCAAGAGGCCAGACUUAUGCGACACUCACUUCCGUGCUCCUGGACCAGUCUAUGAGGUUCGAGGGUCACCUGACAACCCUCCAGCGCACAUUAGAUUCUCCAAGGCCAACCGUUUCGCCUUGGACGACCGUAGCUUAGCCGAAUCCUUGGGCUCCACAGGCCCCGGUCAGUACGAGGUGAAGGGCUCAGUGGAUGGCUCGGGAAAACAUGGCCGCUCCUUCGGAGCAUCCCACAGGGCGUAUGACAGAGUGAGGUUCCCCGGCUCCGAGAAGGAGGGGCAAGGUCGGUCAUCACCUGGCCCUGGCCCUCCAUUGCCAUACCAGCUGGCUGGCCGAUCAAUCUCAUUCUGCAGGGCGGAGCGUCUUCCAGGAGACCGGAACGAAAGGGCGCCAGGUCCCGGUGCCUAUGAGGUGCAUGAAAAGCCGAAUCCCGAUAUGAAGACGCAGAGCGUCUACUCCUUCGGCAGGCCCAGUGCACGCAGCCGCAUGGACUUCAAGACCAUGAAGAUGCUGCAAGCUUCUUCACUCUGGGGCAUCAACUGA